UAAUACCUUAAGACUUUGGUCUUACUCAUCACACCUCUACAUCGACAUGCCUUCAAUCAAGUCAAUCUUCCUCUUCGCGGCCGGUGCUGCUGCCCAAGUCACCACUUCCGUCUGGCUACCUGGCGGUUCGGAUUUCUACUACGACUCCUACUCCUAUGGUGAUUCGAGCGACUUUGUGGAGAAAUUCGAAGGAUCGGUUGUGUCAAAGGACGGUGAUAAGACAGUCAUGGCGCUGAACGGAAUACGCGCAGCCACCAGCGGCGAAGAUUCGUAUAGGCUGUCCACGCAAACAGUGACGUUCAUCGGCACCACGUCCUUUGCUUUCGUCUCCGUAGACGACUAUCACGUCGGCCACGAGGAGACCUACAGCAUGGGAUGCUCCUUGGCUGAGAGCACAAAGGCUGUUUGCAAUAUGGGGAUGGUAGGCUCAGGUCUUUACGAAAGUUACUGUAGCUACUACACCGCCACGUCGUCCACAUAUGGGCCGGAAACGUACACAUUCACCGAUGUCUACACCUACUCGAACCCUCCUCAAACCGUCACAUCGAUCGAGACCUGGACAGACGACUCUUACAACUACUACACUCCCAGGGUUCCCAGCUACUGCCAGUCUGGUUCUACUCUUCCUGAAAGCAUCUAUCGCUCCACCAUGACGGUGAGACCUCAGACUUACGACGUUAUCGUCACUGCCGCUGCUGAGAAACUUACCGCCACUGCUGGCCCCACUCCUACCGGUACCAACGCAACAAACUCCAACAACGGAUCUGGAAGUCCCCAGAACACUGGCGGGCCCAACCCAUCUCAAUCCGGAGAAGCUCCUCCCGCGAACAAUGCCGCCCCUAUGGUCACACUCGCCCCUGCUAUGGCAGGUUUGGGCGCCGCCAUUGCUGCUGUCAUGCUGUAG